GAGCGCCCGGACCGGUAUGGCGGCCGUUUUGGAGUCGCUGUUGCGGGAGGAGUUGUCGGUCGCAGCUGCCGUGCGGUGGAUCGCGCGCGGCGCCAAGAGUUCGGAGGAUGACCCCGGAGAGGCGGCCGCGCUGAACUCACUCCUGCCCCUACGGAAAGAAUUCGUGCCGUUCCUGCUGAACUUCUUGAGGGAGCAGAGCAGCCGUGUCCUCCCGCAGGGCCCCCCAACCCCCGCUAAGGUCCAGGGCUCCACGGCAGCACUGCCAGGGAGGCCUGGGGGCCCGCCGCGGGGAGGCCGCGGGGCGCGCAGCCAGCUCUUCCCUUCCACCGAGACUUCGAGCGCCGCCGCCGCCGCCGAGGCCUCUUCGGCCCGCCGUGGGGGCAGGAGGCGGGGCCUGGGGCUAGCCCGCGAGCGAGGUGGCCGCGGCCCCGGGAGCCUAGAGGAGGGGGUCAGCGGGGAGAGCCUGUUCUGGGCAGGGGGCCGGAGGCCUAGGGCCUGUGGCAGUCCCGGCAGCCCCAGCCUCUCGCGCUCUCAUCCGCCAAACCUCAGCAACCUGGAGGAGUUCCCUCCAGUAGGCUCGGUUCCCACCGGCUCUGCAGGCAGAACGAAGCCUUCACGCCGGAUCAACCCAACUCCGGUGAGCGAAGAGCGGUCACUCUCCAAGCCCAAGACCUGUUUCACUACACCGCCAAUCAACUGUGUCCCCAGUUCCCAACCCUCAGCCCUGGACUCCAGCCCUUGGGGCCAUGGCCUUCCCCCAGGGUGCAGAAGUCUGCAAGAAGAGCGGGAGAUGCUCAGGAAGGAGCGCUCUAAGCAGCUGCAGCAGUCACCUGCUUCCACCUGUCCCAUCCCAGAAUUGGGAUCUUCGCUUCCCACCAGGACAGGAAACCUCACAGCUGAACCUGCUGACCCUGCUAAAGUGUCUUCCCGCCAGCGCCUGGAACUGGUGGCCCUUGUCUACUCUUCAUGCAUUGCAGAAAACCUGGUGCCAAAUCUCUUCUUGGAGCUUUUCUUCGUUCUUCAGCUCCUUACUGCCCGGAGGAUGGUGGCUGCCAAAGACAGUGAGCCUGAGCCUAGUCCAGGAACCCUAGAUUCCCUGGAAAGCCCACUAUUCCAGAGUGUCCACGAUUGUGUCUUCUUUGCAGUGCAGGUUUUGGAGCAUCAGUUUCAAGUUCUCUCCUACCUGGACAAAGGGACCUUGAAGUUGUUAGCUGAGAAUGAGCGACUGCUGUGCUUCUCACCAGCCCUGCAAGGCCGCCUUCGAGCUGCCUACGAGGGCAGUGUUGCCAAGGUUUCUCUGGCGAUGCCACCCUCUGUUCAAGCUGUCUCCUUUCAGCCAGAAACUGACAAUCGUGCAAACUUCUCCAGUGACCGAGCCUUUCAUACUUUUAAAAAACAGAGGGAUGUGUUCUACGAGGUGCUUCGAGAGUGGGAAGAUCGCCAUGAGGAGCCUGGCUGGGAUUUUGAGAAGGGCUUGGGCAGCAGGAUCAGAGCCAUGAUGGGUCAACUCUCUGCAGCUUGCAGCCACAGUCAUUUUGUUCGGCUUUUCCAAAAACAACUUCUCCAGAUGUGUCAGAGUCCCGGUGGUGCUGGGGGCACUAUCUUGGGUGAGGCUCCAGAUGUGUUAAGUAUGCUUGGAGCUGACAAGUUGGGCCGGUUGAGGCGCCUACAGGAACGGCUUGCAGCUCCUCAGAGCAGCGGGGGACCCUGUCCACCACCCUCCUUCCCAGGCUGUCAGGGAUUCUUCAGGGACUUCAUCCUGAGUGCCAGCAGCUUCCAGUUUAAUCAGCAUCUCAUGGAUAGUCUGAGUUUGAAGAUCCGGGAGCUCAACAGCCUUGUCCUGCCUCAGCCUGAGCCCAGUGAUGAAGAUGGGGAGUCGGAUGUGGACUGGCAGGGUGAGCGGAGGCAGUUUGCUGUGGUGCUGCUCAGCCUGAGGCUUCUAGCAAAGUUCCUGGGCUUUGUGGCUUUCCUUCCAUACCGGGGACCUGAACUGCCCCCAACCCGUGAGCUCCAGGACUCCAUUGUGGCCCUGAGGAGCCAGGUGCCCCCAGCCCUGGAUGUACGAGCUCUGCUGCAGCAGGGGCUGCGGGCCCACCGAGCGGUGCUCACGGUGCCCUGGCUGGUGGAGUUCCUUUCACUGGCUGACCACAUUGUUCCCAUGCUGGACUAUUACCGCAGCAUCUUCACUCUCCUGCUGCACCUACAUCGGAGCUUGCUUCUGUCGAAGGAAGGUAAAGGGGAGAUGUGCUUCCUGAACAAGCUGUUGCUGCUUGCUGUCCUGGGCUGGCUUUUCCAGAUUCCCACAGUUCCCGAGGACCUGUUCUUUCUGGAAGAGCAUCAGUUGGAUGCCUUUGAGCUGGAUACAAGAACUUCAGAGCAGAGUUUGGAUGGCAUGCCUGUGGUGGACCAGCACCUGCUCUACAUUUGCUGUCCCUACAUCGGAGAGCUCCGCAAAUUGCUGGCUUCAUGGGUAUCAGGCAGCAGUGGGCGGAGUGGGGGCUUCAUGAGGAAAAUCACCCCUACUACCACCACGGGCCUGGGAGCCCAGCCUCCUCGGACCACCCAGGGGCUGCAGGCACAGCUGGCCCAAGCCUUCUUCCAUAACCAGCCACCCUCGCUGCGCAGGACUGUGGAGUUUGUGGCAGAGAGGAUUGGUUCUAACUGUGUCAAACAUAUCAAGGCCACGCUGGUGGCAGAUCUGGUGCGCCAGGCAGAAUCGCUUCUUCAGGAGCAGCUGGUGACGAAGGGACAGGAAGGGGGAGAUCCAGCCCAGCUGUUGGAGAUCUUGUGUUCCCAGCUGUGCCCCCACGGGGCCCAGGCAUUGACCCAGGGGCGGGAGUUCUGCCAAAAAAAGAGCCCUGGUGCCGUGCGGGCACUGCUCCCUGAGGAGACCCCGGCAGCCGUGCUAAGCAGUGCAGAGAACAUUGCUGUGGGGCUUGCAACAGAGAAGGCCUGUACUUGGUUGUCAGCCAACAUUACAGCGCUGAUCAGGCGAGAGGUGAAAGCAGCAGUGAGUCGCAUGCUUCGAGCCCAGGGUCCUGAACCGGCUGCCCGGGGGGAGCGGAGGGGCUGCUCCCGUGCCUGUGAGCACCAUGCUCCCCUCCCCUCCCACCUCAUCUCCGAGAUCAAAGAUGUGCUCUCUGUGGCCACAGGGCCCCGGGACCCUGAGGAGGCAGUAUCCCCAGAACAUCUUGAACAGCUCCUCAGCCAUCUGGGCCAGACACUGCGGUGCCGCCAGUUCCUGUGCCCACCUGCCGAACAGCAUCUGGCCAAGUGCUCUGUGGAGUUAGCAUCCCUCCUUGUUGCAGACCAAAUUCCUGUCCUAGGGCCCCCGGCACAGCACUGGCUGGAGAGAGGGCAGGCUCAAAGGCUCCUGCACAUGCUGCUUUCCCUGUGGAAGGACGACUUUCAGGUGCCCGUCCCCCUGCAGCUGCUAUUGAGCCCAAGAAAUGUGGGGCUUCUGGCGGACACUCGGCCGAGGGAGUGGGACCUGCUGCUGUUCUUGCUUCGGGAGCUGGUAGAGAAAGGUCUGAUGGGGCGGAGAGAGAUAAAGGCCUGCCUGGACAGCCUCCGUGAGGCCCAGUGGCCAGAGGACUUCUCUGAAGAAUUAGCAACACUGUUCAGCCUGUUUCUAGCUGAGCCGCAGGUGCCAGAACCUCAGCUAAAAGCUUGUGAGCUGGUGCAGCCAAACCGGGGGACUCUGCUGGCCCAGAGCUAGGGCUGGGAAGGGGCUCUGCCCUGACGUCUCAGCAGAAGCCUGGAACCCUGCCUGAGUCUGCCUCAGGCAGAGGCCCCAGAGCCUAGUGCCACCAAGUGCCCACUGCCGACCCUUGCUGGUGCAGGAGCAGCUGAAUCUGCGACUGGACUUCGUGUGGCUGCGUGGCCUCUCACUGACUGCAGGCUCGGCACCCUGAGUCCUAGGAGGAGGAGGGGGGUUCGCCUGAGUCAGGAUUAUGGUGGCAAAGUCUAGAGACUCCAGUCCCGGAGCAGAAGAGUUGGCUUUUAUUACUUGGACACUCGAUGGAAUGACGGGAGUGGGCUUAAGCCCCCCUUGCUGCAUUCCAGCAUCUCUCAAGACUGUGGUUUGGGAAAUCAUGACAGAGGCAGAUGACUUUUGGCCUAACUUGUGAGUAAAGUUAAAACACGAAUCUUGGGAGCCUACAUUUUCUUCACCAGCAGCUGGACUGCCGUCUCCUUAAAAGUGCGCAACAGAUGAGGUGGGGUGCUCCCGACAGAAGCCUUCCACCUCCCUUCCUUCGGCCUCUGCAGGUAACCCUUGACCCUGGCUCCAGCCAGGGGCGGCCAAGCAAGGACCAGAACACUAGAGCUUUUUAAAAUAAACUCCUCUUUACUGAGGG